AGUCGGCAUGAGGCGCGCGCGGAGUGUCACUGGGCCCUUAAGGCGCGCCCACCCCGCUUCGGGGGCGACCUGGAAUGUCCAGGUCGUGCGGGGUAAAAUGAGUUCACAGUGUUUGUGGCAUGCAUGUCGAGCGCUCAGUGCCGGCCUGUUACUAAUGCUCCUUGGCGCUGCAAUGGCUGUUAUAGGUUACUACGCGGACACACUGUCAGUGGCUGAGGAAGUACGAGGCAAUGCAACGAUUUCAGUUAAAGAUGAAGCGCGUGGAUUUCAUCUCAAUAAUUUAUCUUACGCCGGGCCUAUCGUGAUGGGCUUUGGAGGAUUUAUAGUUGUGGCAGCCUGCGUUAUGACCUUCGAAGCCCGAGACAGUGCAGCAAAAGUGACACCAGCUCGCCCACAGACAUUGCCACGGCCUCUGCCUCGAAGAGGUCCUUGUGCUGCACCUGCACGCCUCGACCAGCUCGGUGUAUACCGUCUGCCCCAUGUUCUGCCGCUGCCACACGCACUGCCGCUCGCGCCCCCACAUCGCAUCAGACCACCACACGUUUGUCACAGAGUUGGCGGAGUGAAAACAAAAGAACGUGCGCGGUUUGGCUCCGCACCGGACUUGCGGAUCGGUAGCACGCGUGCUACGCUACCCGUCACGGCGCUACGACGCCCACUUCGUCGCUACGCGCUGUCCGUAGAUGAACCACCACAUUCGGCAGUCAGCGCAAGUGCAGCAGAGUCAGAAUGUGGUUCGCAGUCGUCUCUUGCAUUGGACCUACACGCAAGCGGCGCAUGCGCAGGUGUUACGUUGCGAGUGCGUGACAACACACGACGACGCCCACUUGCGCGACAACAGAGGCUCGUAGAAGACUUACAUCCUCCAGUCGAAAGCAUCAGUAUAAUUGGCAACAUAGAAGAAUCUCCACCGAAAAACAACGAAAAGCAGAGCUCCGAGACUGUUGAAAUGGUUCAUCUAACCGUAGAACAAGAGGCGCGUGCGCGAAGUGCUCCUCCUCCCUCCCAUACUUCACCUCCGGUGUCACCUCAAAUUGUAAUAUCACCCCCACUAUCACCUUCGCUUCGAAAAGAAACCAAUAUUCUUAUAGAAAAACCUGACAAUGAUAGCUUCGAACAAUCUCCACCACCGGACGAAUGA